AUGUUUUCAUCUGCCGGACAACAUCCUCAAAUUGUCCCCAAAGAAGAGGAAUCUAUACUUAACUAUCUCCUUGAAGUGAGAUCCUCCUUGGCGAAACUUAAGCAGAACAGGACUCAAUAUUUGAAUUCUAAGGACGUUCAAACAACUUAUCAACAUGUCUUGACCAAAGUCAGAGAGUUGGACGAUAUCAGGAAGAAUAGUCAUGACACACCGGCCAAGAGCGCUGCGACUUUGAUCCAUAGCACGGAAUUGCACAACAGAGUUGACUCGGUGUUGGAUGAUGUCUUCCAAUUGCUAUCGUUGUGCUUUUUGACCGUUGGCCUGAAAAAUUCUGCACCCGCAACUUAUGCGUCCUUGUCGACUGUGGAAAGUCUUUUGGAACAUUUGAAUGAGUCAAACGUUUUCACUCAUCACGAUUUGAGUCCUAUCAAGGAAAGAUUGGACGAAAUCAGUAAGAUUGUUGAGCAGAAAAACUCUAGUCCUAUGUACGAGGAAGAUGCGAAUGAUGCCCGGAUAAGAGAAAUUGAUAAUGAAAGAAAACAGAAUAAAAUUGAAGAAGAUCUAUUGCUACGCGCCAAAUUAAAGCAUUGCAAGGACGAAUAUGACACACUGGAAAGCAAGCUGGAAGAAAUUGAUCCAUCUUUAUCCACCGUGAUGGAAAAAUUAUUCCGUAUCAGAAGAGGUUUACUAUCAUUGGUUGCAUCCGCCAAGAAGACAAUGUCUAAAUCCAGUGCCAAUAUUAAUUCUUUGUUACAGGAACAUAAUGAUUUGCAAGCUAAUGACAAUGAUUUAAUGGACGAUAAACAUUUAGUAUCUCAAGAGUACGUUCAUGAAAAAUUAUCAGUUUUGAAGAACGAACUAAGUGAGUUAGAAUCCAACCGUGAUGAUUCCGGUAAGUUCAAGUCUUUGGAGACCCAUGAAGUGACAGAAAAGGGACAAAGUGUCCUUAAUGGUCUAUUAGACGAUUGUCAUGAUUUAAUUAGCGAUUUGUCCCAUCAAACUAACGGCGGCCUGGCAUUGGAUCCACACUUGCAGCCAACAUAUGAACAACUGAUUGAUAUUAAAACUACCUUGGAAAAUUUGAUGAUUACAAGAAGAUGGACCUUAAGAGAGACUGACUUGUUCUCUUACCAGAAAAAAUUGAACGAAAUUGAUAGCAAAAGAAUCAAUGGUAAGUUCCCUACGAAAUCCCAGGACUCAAAAGGUCAGUCAAUACUAUUAUAUUUGUUGCGGAGGUGUUACGCCAUAAUUUAUAAGUUGUUGGAAAGUUCAGAACCUGUGUCUGAAGCACUACAACCAAUUCAUAAUCAACUAUCUACGGUUCGUCGUUGUCUAUUGGAAUUGAAGAGAAUGGGUGGCGUGAAUAAUGAAAGAGAAUUAUACCCAUAUCAAAUGAAGUUGGCCUCUUUGGACAAUCUGAGAACUAAUGGUAUAUUCUACGACUCUGAUGGUAACAUACCCGAAGGUCAAGGUAUACUGAAUGCUUUGUUAGCAGAAUGUUUUGAUAUUAUGCAUGAAUUGAAGGUGGAAGCUGAAGAAAGGGCACUGAACCCUAAUUCAAGCGAUGAUUCCGAUGAUGAAGAUAAUAAAGAAUCAGUUGGGUACUCGAACUCAAACGAGAGCGAAAGUGAAUCCGAGUAUCAACAGGAAUAG